CCAGCCAAUCAGGAAGCUUCCUCACCUCCUCCUCGUUCACUGUGCUGCUGGUCGUUUACUCCACCUGCCUCCCUUCUGGUUGCCAUAGUUACCAUCUUUACCCGAUUCAGUUACCUAGGCGAUAGUCAGUGAUAUAUCUUUGUUAAUAACUGCUCAUCAUAUCAAUGAGAUUAUUUUGUAAUUGGUGAUCGAUAACCUAUCGGUGACGUCAUUCUACUUCCUUUAUGUGCGGGAAGUCGGUGAGGUAGAUUGAAAAAAAAAAAAAAAAAAAGCGCUGCUGAUCAGCCAAUCUGCAGCCCGUCUGUCUCUGCGGGCUUUCUUCUCCACCCUCCGCUCCGCAGCAGAGAUGCUCCCGCCAGCUCUGCCCUGCCUCGGAACGCGGUGAUCGGACUGGUAGUAGAUCGGCAGGUCGGUGCAGGUCUCUCCAUCAUGGUGCAGAAAUCCCGGAACGGCGGGGUGUUUCCCGGAGCACAGGCGGACCAGAAGAAGCUGAAGGUUGGCUUCGUGGGCCUGGAGGCCGGAGGGACCGAGUCCAGCAGGGACGGAGCGCUGCUUAUUGCAGGUGGAGAUGAAGGUCCUCGGCGUCAGCGCAGCAGCGUCUCUGGAGGAAAGAAACCUCCCAAACGAAACGCUCUCUACAGACGACUGCAGAACUUCCUGUACAACGUCCUGGAGAGACCUCGCGGAUGGGCCUUCAUCUAUCACGCCUACGUGUUCCUGCUGGUGUUCUCCUGCCUGGUUCUGUCUGUGUUCUCCACCAUCAGAGAAUAUGAGAAGAGCUCAGAGGACGCCCUCUAUAUCCUGGAGGUGGUUACCAUCGUGGUGUUUGGGGUGGAGUACAUGGUGAGGAUCUGGGCCGCAGGCUGCUGUUGUCGCUAUCGCGGAUGGAGAGGACGACUUAAAUUUGCCAGAAAACCGUUCUGUGUCAUCGACAUCAUGGUACUGAUAGCGUCCAUCUCUGUCCUGGCUGCGGGGACUCAAGGAAACGUUUUUGCCACAUCAGCCAUCAGGUCUCUUCGGUUUCUCCAGAUUCUCCGAAUGAUCCGGAUGGACCGACGAGGAGGAACCUGGAAACUGCUGGGAUCAGUGGUCUACGCCCACAGCAAGGAGCUGAUCACAGCCUGGUAUAUCGGCUUCCUGUGUCUCAUUCUGGCCAGUUUCCUGGUUUACUUAGCUGAAAAAGAGGAUAAUGAGCAGUUUGAGACGUAUGCUGACGCCCUCUGGUGGGGAUUGAUCACCUUGACAACCAUUGGCUAUGGAGACAAGUUCCCCAUCACCUGGAAUGGACGUCUGCUGGCUGCAACCUUCACACUGAUCGGAGUUUCAUUCUUUGCUCUUCCAGCUGGCAUUCUGGGUUCUGGUUUUGCUCUGAAGGUUCAGGAGCAGCACAGACAGAAACACUUUGAGAAGAGACGAAACCCAGCAGCCGGGCUUAUACAGGCGGCCUGGAGGGUUUACGCGACCAAUCUGAGCCGAACCGAUCUGACUUCGACCUGGGAUUAUUAUGAGCGGACAGUGUCAGUUCCCAUGUACAGGCUAAUUCCUCCUCUCAAUCAGCUGGACUUACUGAGGAACCUCAAGAACAAGUCGGGACUUUCUUUCAGGAAAGACGUCCAGCCUGAACCUUCUCCCAGCCAGAAAGUCAGUCUGAAGGAGAGGGUCUUCUCAUCCCCCCGGAGUUCUGGAACCAAAGGGAAAGGCUCUCCUCAGCAUGUUCCUGCAGUUGGCACUGGUGUUGGUCCUGGAGUGGGCGUUGGUCCUGGAGUUCCUGUAGUUCCUGGAACUCCUGGAGGAAUCCAGGCUUUGCGGAGAUCCCCCAGCAUGGAACCCAGUCUAGAGGAGAGUCCCAGCAAAGUUCCAAAGAGCUGGAGCUUUGGAGAACGCAGCAGAACCAGACAGGCCUUCAGAAUCCGAGGAGCCGCUUCUCGCCAGAACUCUGAAGUGCUGAUAGAGAUGCAGGAUGAAGAGUUCAGACAGAAGAGCUCCCCAGAAGCCAGCCUGCCAGGAGAAGACAUGGCAGAUGACAAUAAGAGCUGUCACUGUGAGUUCGUCCCCCAAGACCUGACGCCAGGGUUAAAGGUCACCAUCAGAGCCAUCUGCAUCAUGCGCUUCAUGGUAUCAAAGAGAAAGUUUAAGGAAAGUCUUCGCCCCUAUGAUGUCAUGGAUGUGAUUGAACAGUAUUCAGCGGGACACCUGGACAUGCUCGCCCGCAUUAAGAACCUCCAGGCCAGGGUGGAUCAGAUAGUUGGAAGAGGAACACCAACUGCAGACAAGGACCGUCCUAAAGCUGCUGGGGAAGAACUACCUGAGGACCCAAGCAUGAUGGGACGGCUGGGGAAGGUUGAGAAGCAGGUCCUGUCAAUGGAGAGGAAGUUGGACUUUCUGGUAAAUAUCUACGUUCAGCGAAUGGGAAUUCCUCAGGCUGAGACUGAUGCCUAUUUUGGAUCCAAGGAGCCGGACCCAGCCCCACCUUAUCACAGUCCAGUGGACCACUUGGUUAAGAGCCAGUCCAUCUCCAAGAUCUUGCAGGUGUUGCCUGGGGAGCAAGUAGAGAAGAAUCGGUUUGUAACAAAGAUGGUUCGCUCCAGCAGCUCGACCGGACACAGGAACUACACUGCUCCCACCUGUCCACCCUCCACUUCCUGGCAACCAAUCAGCUCCCAACUCCAACCACAUGCUCCUGCCCCUCCUCAGCGUAGCCAUGGAAACACUCCAAGUCCAGUGGGGGAUGCGUCACUGGUUCGACUACCCCCACCUCCUGCUGGAGAGAGACAUGGUGGGAACCGAUCAAACCGCCACAGUGCUGGAGAGCGAGGGGGUUCAGAGAGACCGGAGAGGGGGGGAGAGGUGUCCAACGGGACUGGGGCAGGUGGCGGGGAAGAGGUGAAGCCUGAAAGCGAUACCUCCAUCUCCAUCCCAUCAGUGGACCACGAGGAACUGGAGCGAUCUUUCAGUGGUUUCUCUAUCUCCCAGUCUAGAGAGAACCUGGACUUCCUGAACAACAGCUUCUACUCCGCCUCCAACCUGGGGGAGCACCAGGCGGGGGGAGGCGCCGCCCGCUGUGCCGCUGUCCGUCCUUACAUCGCAGAGGGCGAGUCGGACUCAGACUCCGAACUCUGUGCCCCUUCGCCUCACUCAGACCGGGCCUGGACCGGUACCAAGUGAAAACACAGGUAAUCCAGAGCUGAACCAGCAGAACCCUUCUUAAAACUGAGAUGAUGACCUCUUUUAUGAUGGAAAACUAUUUCACAGAGACUUUAAACACCAGCUGGAGGAUCACAGUGGGGCAUUGUGGGUACUGACGGCGCUUAGCAGCCGGAGGCCCGGUUGACACCAGUAUUGGACUUUUGUACUGCACAUGUUUGUUCUGUUUAUGACACUCCAGCACCUUAUUGGUUUCUAUAGACUCACUGUAAAGAACCUGGUUAGCAUGAUGGAAAUGUCAUGUGACUGACGUAUUAACUUGUUCUGUACUUCCUGUUCAGAGCUCAGGACCAGUCUAUAUACUGAGGCCUGAUCCCUGAACCCUCACAGACCCUAAGAGCUGGUACACACCAAACCAAUGAUCGCCUGUAUCCUGGAAAACCAGCAGCAUUUCAAGACAAAGACUGUGUCCAGUUAUUAGCCAAAUCAUCACAUCAGUGUAAAAAGACAUAAAUGUCCAUAGCAGAUGGGGAGCUGGCCGAACAUAGCUAAAAAACUAAACAAAGCAGUAACAUUCACUGACUGUAGAGGUUAGUCUGUAGUUGGGGGAAAUGGCUUGUUAGAUAUUCAUUUUAUAGGUGGUGUUGGCAGCAUUAAGGCUGACAGUAUACUUGUUUUUAAUUACACAUAUAUGUGUUUAUCCCGGCUGUUUUGUGUAUUUUGUGUUUGAAGCGUCAUUUGUGAACGUCCUCAGAAAUUAGUGCUGCAUGUUCAGAAGCUGCAGUGAGUAACCAGUAGGGGCAGUGUAGGAAGCAGUCUGGAUGAAAGUAGGGUCACAGGGUUGACAGGGGUAAAAAUGAUGAAAAAGUUUAAAAGACCAGAAUCAGUUUGCCUGGUUUAGGGUCCUUGGAUAUCAUCCACCAUACUGUGGUUGUUAUUUUUUCAUGCUUUGACCUUAAAUUAACAAAACUCUAACCUUCUCUAUUGUCUUCAUGGUCAUCAUCAACAACGUACAAAUUCAGCAACCA